AUGAACUCCAGCGAUAAGGAGGAUGGUAGCUUAGCGGCCUCUGCUAAUGCAAUUACACACACUACCACAGUUACGACCGCAACCCUUGUUCUUCCGGAUGACACGCUUCGCCGCGGAGAUGAAUUUAUUCUACAGACAACAAGUGAGAUUGCCGCUGCCACUUCCGACACACCCUUGCAGCAAGGAGGACAUGCCAUUCAUAUCGAAGGCAUUGUGGACCUCGAUGGAUUAAGAGAACUGGUACCUGGUAUCGAUGAAGAAGAAUUUGCAACGUUGUUGCACACACAUCAGCAAGGCAACAAUGAUGAUGAUGAAGAUAACACAACUUUACUGUCCACAUUGAUUCACCAUGGCGAAGAAUCGUACCUGCUUGGAGACGCAGAAUCAGAACAGCAAGAGCUGGAAGAUGUUCCUGUGUCCGCUGACGUAUUUCUGGAUACUCUUGCAAACACGAUGUCACCAACAAAAGUAUCUCGAGCGAACAAGACACAGACUUUUGAAACGUCAAAUCAGGCAUUUCUGCUAUCAGUGCCAAUGACUACUGCAUCAAUGGGUUCUGGAGGAAGUCAAACUUUGGUAUUGGCCAUGCCCAAAAUUACCGAAUCAGAGCCACUUAUCAUGGAAGAAUCGGAAGUUGAGGCUGGGGAUUCAAACAUGGAAGGAGAAGCCAACGGGGAAGACGAUGACGAAUACCAUGGAUUUGUCGAUUUGGUCCGUCAGUAUUCGGAGUAUCUUCCUCACAUUCCUGCACUUCCAACGGACGUACAAGAUGUCGAACUUGUCGCUACACAUACAAUCACUGAAUUUCAAACAACUCAGAAAGUCGAUGACGAAGAAGAGGAGCAAAUCGCUCAUUUGGACUUGAUUGUGGAACGUCAAGUUCCUUUGAUUGGCUACGUGAUUUUAGUCGUCGGUCUGUUUGCCUUGGCUUCUGUUGGAGCAGCCUUGGAUUUGCAAGAGGGUACUGUUACUCCGGCCAUGAAGACGUAUUGGAGACUCCAAUCAACUUCAAUGUGCAUCUUCCCGCUUGCUGUGGUGUCUGUGGCACAAACACCGAAAGGAAAGCUCAAGGAGCAAUGGUCGUCACUAACAAAGAGGGACAUUUAUUUCCACAUGCCACUCUGUGCUGCCAGCUAUUCGUUCAUGACAACAGCUUUUGUGAUUGCCCUGGACAUGACGUCCUUGGCCAACGCCUUUGUACUUUCCAAUCUUGCAUCUCUUGUCAUAAUAUGUGGCAAGUUUGUCCUUGGUGUUAAAGUGUUGCUAUUGGAAGGCACUGGUGCGUUCAUUGGCUUAUCAGGGGCUGUUAUUUGUGCUCUAGCUCCCCGUGUAAUGGCAGCUGAGGCUCCCGGAAGGAUGCUUGGUGCUCUAGCUUCUAGCCGAGAACACCUUGGAGAUGGCAUUGCUUUUAUGUGUUCGUUAGGGUUAUCGAUAUAUCUGAUUCUCGCAAAGAAGCUUCGACACAAGAUGGACCUCUUUGUGUUUAUGUUCGUUCUUUUCUCUCUUGCAUCAGCCUACUUGUUAUGCUACAUAGUUUUGACGGGAGAAGAAAUUCAAAUUUCGAUGGAUCCAAAUGUGGGAGUGUUUGGCUGGACGAACAUUGUACCUGAUCGAUUGCCGCUGGAAAUGUACAUGGCAAUUGUUUGCAACAUCGCUGGUACAACUGGUUAUAUUGCCGUCAUGAAGUACUUUGAUCCCGUGGUCAUUGCUAUGGUGAUGCUCACAGAGCCUGUCAUUGCGACAUUACUUGGAAUUAUUGCAGGAGUCGCGACCAUGCCAGUGGGGCAAGUCAUCGUGGGUAAUGCCUUUGUCAUCCUUGGUAGCACGAUUGUGAUUGCAUCAGAAUCGAAAAAGACCGAAUCCAUUGACGCUACUAAGGCUUUGAAGACCGUCGAAGCCACAAGUGACACAGCAGUUGUUCGAAAUCCAAAUAUCGAAGCCCCCCACACAACCCCUAGUGCAGAGUCUAGGACAAAGGUCAUAUGGAAACCAUCAUAG